AUGGAAGGCCCAUCACUGGCAUCUCUGUCACUUACGCACGUCCACUAUGACCCCAACGAUCCUGUAUCGCAUGCUUGCGCCUACCUCGCUCUCGUCCCUCAAGCGCUGGUAAUCACAUAUGCCGCGCUGAUUUGGAGUACCCGUGAAGUGGAGAUCCUGCUUAUGUUCGCCGGGCAGAUGGGGUGCGAAGCCCUGAACUGGCUUCUGAAGCGAUAUAUCAAGGAGGAGAGACCGACACAGAUGCAUGGGAAAGGCUAUGGCAUGCCCAGCUCUCACGCUCAAUACGUUGCUUACUUCUCCACGUUCCUGACUCUCUUCCUCUUGCUCCGGCAUAAUCCUCACCAUCCAUAUCCGUCAACGACGCAUAUUCCGACCCCUUACUGGCAGCGUCUGGCUCUUGCGGUCGCCUCGUUCGUAUGUGCGGGAGCAGUAGCACAAAGUCGUAUAUAUCUCAACUAUCACACACCACGACAGGUCUAUGCUGGCUACGCUGCUGGUGCAAUGUGCGCAAUUGCUUGGUUUGUGGUAACCAGCAUAGCUAGGCAUUAUGGGCUUGUGGAAGCACUGCUAGAGACACCGCUGGCGCAGUGGGCUCGGUUGCGCGACCUUGUGGUCAACGAAGACCUGGUCGACGCUGGUUGGGAGAGAUGGGAGGCACGUAAGCAACGGCGACGAACAGGGCUGGAUGACGCGCAGAAGAAGCGAAUAUAA